AUGAACUUAUUGCCAAGUGGAAUAUGUUUUUAUUUAUCUGUAGCAAUCUGCUGGCUGAUGGCCGAGGUCGAUGCAUCCUGGUGGUACAUGGGCACCCUGGGCUCUCAGGUGAUGUGCGACAAUAUCCCUGGUCUGGUGAACAAGCAGCGCCAGCUUUGUCGCCAGCACCCCAAAGUGAUGCAGGCCAUCGGGGCCGGGAUAAAGGACUGGAUCUCAGAGUGCCAGCACCAAUUCCGCAACCACCGCUGGAACUGCAACACCACGGCCAGGGACCACAACUUGUUCGGACGCCUGCUGCUGCGCAGUAGUCGAGAGGUGGCCUUCAUGUACGCAAUCUCCUCAGCCGGUGUGGUUUACACGUUGGCUCGUGCCUGCAGCCAAGGAGAUCUGGACUCCUGUUCCUGUGAUCCCACCAAGAAGGGCUCAUCCAUGGACGCUAAGGGUUCCUUUGACUGGGGCGGCUGCAGUGACCAUGUGGAGCAUGCCAUGCGCUUCAGUCAGGCAUUUGUGGACGCCAAAGAGAGGAAGGAGAGGGAUGCCCGGGCACUCAUGAACUUGCACAAUAACAGAGCUGGCAGAAAGGCAGUUAAGCGCUUCAUGACUCUGGAGUGUAAAUGUCACGGGGUCAGCGGGUCCUGUAGUGUUCGGACUUGCUGGUUGGCCAUGGCCGACUUCAGGCGCACUGGCGACCACCUUCGCAAGAGGUACAACGGUGCCGUGCAGGUGGCCGUUAACCAGUAUGGCACUGGAUUCACUACAGCACACGCACACUUCAAACGACCAAGCAAGAAUGACCUGGUGUACUUUGAGGACUCGCCAGACUACUGUGUACGGGACAAUGAGUCAGGGUCGAUGGGGACGGCAGGCCGUGUCUGUAACCGAACGUCUCGUGGCAUCGACGGCUGUGAGGUCAUGUGCUGUGGCCGGGGCUACGACACGUCUCGAGUCAGCAGGACUACCAAGUGUGAGUGCAAGUUCCACUGGUGCUGCGCCGUGCACUGCCGAGACUGCCACCAGCAGGUAGAUGUGCACACCUGUAAGGCCCAAACGUGACCUAACAGCUUGCUGGACACUUGCUGACCAAUCACAUUAACUAGCAGUCAUACAGAGUCACUGUAAAAACUACUUCUUCUGUACUGGGCUGCAAAGUUUUAACUUAAGCUUCAUUGCUAAUCCUCCAGUCAGUGGCCUUCUGCAGAUCCAUGUGUCAGUCAAACAGUAGGAAGGUUGUUGAAGUUCCUCCAGGUAGCUCUCUGCUCAGUCUGCACCCAUGUCAACUCUAUGCUAAUUAUAAUCAUCCUUUAAAACAAUACAAGGUAAAACAUCCAUCCCACUAACUUCUAGAUCAGUGGUUCUCAACAUGUGGGUCAGGACCCAAAAGUAGCUGGUUGCAGUAGGUAACAAUUUGUGCCUAAAAUAAGUCAAUGUUUUAAGAUGUACAGAAGUCCUAAGUGGAAAUACAUUUAUUUUAUUUAAGGCUCAUUAUGCUCAAUAUUUGAAACAUAGACAGAUACAAGCAGAGCUUUCAGUUCAUAUUCUGUAUUUAGUUUGCCUCAUUUCUCCCCAUUCUCUUGAUGCUUACAGAAAUGGACCAAAUGUUGCAGUACCUCUUGUAAUCACAAGUUCAGUAUUGAGCAAUGUAGCUGUAAAGUCUGAGCCAAGGUUCAGGUGCCUUCCCCAAACUAUUGCCACAAAGUUGGAACGCCAAAAUGUCUUGGUAUGCUUAAGCAAUAAGACUGUGCUUCACUGGAGAUAGGGUCUGGCCCAAACCCUGAAUAUGAACCCUAUACCAUUAUCUCUCCUCCACCAAACUUCACAGCUGG